AUGGCACCAAAACGGAACGCGAGAAGUGCUCUUCGAAGACCCUCGGGCCAGUCCUAUAAGCGCAAAGUCCCUCGCGUAGCGAGACUCGGACUUGUGUUACCUCGACCGCUAGGGCGAACAGUGACUACCCUGCAUCGAGAAAGCGGUAUUUCCAUUGCUGGUCCAAUUCAAGGCCAUCUGCGUCUCUCAACAGAUACACAUAUUCAGCCCGGCUACGCAGAGCCUCGCGAGACCCUUCCCCCGGAAAAUGUCGAGAAUACGCUCGCCGGCAGAGCACGUUAUGAACCCGGAAAUCAAACCGAGCAUCCGCCGACGUCUGCCCUUUGGCUUCCUGAUAUCGAUGUUCGCCCCUCGCCUCAGGACAUUGUGGGUAUCCUAGAGAGGAUCAAUGAUUAUUUCGAGCAAUGGAGUAGGAAUUCUACUGUUGAUUCCCGAGGCCCGGCGAACUUGUUGGAGGAUAUGACUGCCAUCACCGAUAGGCUUCAGACAAUCUCAGCCCUGUCUCAAGAGAACCUCGACACAUCACAAGUUGAACGUCAUCUUCGAAAACUUAAAGAAAAUUACUUACCCUUCGUAUCUCUCUGGAAAUCAUACACACAGUCAGAAUUGGUCCAAAAACUUGAUCAGUUGUACCUUUGCAUGCGCCGAUCACCGACAUCUAUCCAAGAACGAGUUUUCACGACGCUACUACUUGGGAUACAGUCUGUAGCAGCACACCCUGCUCUUCCGAGCUUCUUAGGAAGUGCCAGAGAGAACAUGCCCCCCCUACUAGACCCAGAAUUUGUUGUCAGCACCUUGCGCAGGUGUGCUUGGCUGCAAGAUGAAUUCCAGAACCUCACAUACAAAUCAGAAAGAAGGACCUUGUGGCUCCAUAUCUGGAGAUGUCUGAAGAAGGCGUUCGUCAGUUUUGACACCGGCGAUUUGUUGCACAUUACUGACCGACGAUGUCUGGAGGUUGAAUUCUUUGAAAAGCCCGGAGUAGCACGAGAAUUCAAGCGUCUACUCCGGCUACCGGACGCUGCCAACCCCAGGAGUAUUGAGAAUAUGGUGGGCAAGUAUUGUCGCUUCAUCGAUAGGUGCAGAGCAGACCCCAACGAGAGGUACUUUCACCUUCGUCGGUUGCAAGAGGACCCUUUGAGGGAGCAUGUCAUUUCAUCGCUCAGGAGAUUCACAGAGAGCAACAUUCUGGAUUCCAACACUUUUCCAAAGCUACACUUUGCGGUGGUUCGACUCAAUGCCAUCAACGGUGGUCCGGCGGUGGUCAGAAGAUGGAACGAUGGAGAAGGUGCCCAAGGGAGCCGGUUGACAUCAUUUUCCUCCACUGUCUCCCCCGCCACAAGCAGUUUAUCAGGGCGAGCAUGGCGACCGCCAAGCACAAACGGGGAAAAUGUGCAAAAGCAUACACCACAGCAUACACCACAGCCGGCCCCAGCAGACACUACAAGUGUAAUAGCAGAUGUUGGAAGCACAACGAUCGAUGCUAAGCAACCCGUCCCGGGUCAACGCGGCAGGAUACCAUCCGAGCUGUCAUUCCCGCAACCACGAGGAAUAAACCUCAUCAGUGAUUUUGACUAUGUCCAUUGUCCAUUUCCAGAGACGCGCGCCCAGGAAGUAGCGCAUAGCGAGCAGAUAACCCGGGAAUUGGCGACCCCUGGGAUAUAUUCGGAAGGACUGCGAGCUGAAUACCUCAUCAACAGACCUCCCGCUCAUGCUCGAGAUUCAUCCUCGCUCUUUGGAUCUCAGUACACUAGGAUGUUUGGACCCUUUGGCCGGCUAAGAACAUUCAUACGGCGCCUCCUUCCUGGACAAAGUAGACCUCUAUCGCCCGUCUCCCUUGUUGCUCGGAAGAACAGAGGUGGAAGAGGUGCAGAUGGUCAUCAGGCGGUGAUAGACCCAAACAGCCGCAUUCACAAGACGACCGCAGCACUAAAGUUACGAGGCGGAGGUGGUGGGACCCCAGCUCGUAGUCGUUCGCCUCAAAGAAAGACUUCGGUCGAUACCAACGUCAAUCGCUCACCAAGCUUUCGGGACCAGCAUAUCGCGAUGUUCAGGCAAAUGUAUUAUGCAAGACACAACUCCAUGACAAGUCUCAGUGAGGACGAGAUAUGGGAUCUCUUGGAACGAUCGGCGUUUCGGGUUGCAAAUGCCGUGGCUCUACACAAUCAGUCGGUACCUGUACCACGAUCUGGUGUCCCGGGGAAUGCGAAUGAAGAAGAUUUAUCUUCGCCCCGGGUGAAGUUUGAAUCAACCUCUCGUCACGUUCAGCACGCUGUACCUUCCCCUAGCGCAGAGCGCGGAUCCUCAAGGCGAUCAACGAGGGCCUCUACCCGUGAUGCGCAGGGUGAAGUGCCUCCUGUGGCAGCAACAGUUUCUUCCACCAUACCACAUUGGCAAGGCCCAACCCACAUGCCACGAUUGGAGGACCCUUUCUACAUACCGCCAGGAGCUCGUGUUCAGAUGCCACAGAUGCCAAGGUUGCAAGACCCUUUCUAUCUGCAUCAAGGGGUUGCUUUUCAGGCACCAAUAUUGCAAGACCCUUUUCACCCGCCCCAAGGAGGCCCUAUCCAGUUACCACCAUUGCAAGAGCAUUCAUACCCCCCAGGAGGUCAUGUACUCUCUCAUCAAACGACCUUGGCGGCUCCUCCCAAUUUUGACGACUUGCAUGGUACUCCAUCACGACAGUCGCAAGCCCAAACCCGCAAUCCUCUUAGUGAGAUGGCAGGAGGCCGAGGCCAGGACGGUCAUGACCUUAGGCCCAGAUCGGGCCGGCAACCCCUUGGUGAGCUCGUUGUCGAGGAUAACGAAAAUUUACAUGGCCCCGCAGCGCGAGGAAGUACUGAGAGUGACCCGAAUCUUCAUGGCUCAGUGACUAAUACGAAUCAAGAAAAUCCAACUUCUGUUCAUAUUCAUGUUGAUGGGCCAUGCCAUGAGUGUCCUCAAUUCCCGGGGCAAUACCAUCACUUCUGUCAAUGCUCAAUUCAACCUAACCGGGUACGUAUACCUUCUGAUGGGAGAGUUUCAUCAUCAAAUGAGAGUCGAUUCGGAUCACAGAGGGAAAGAGAGCCUGUAAUCGACGAUGAUGACGACGAUGAGGACGAACCACAGGGCGACCCGCAAGGCGAACUCGAGGACGAUGCCGAAGAUGAUCAGGACAUACAACAAGCUGAAAAUGAUGAUGAUACUGAAUCUGAGCAAGACAUUGACCAACGUGGUCCACAUCGAGCGGCUCGGGUUCUUCCUCACCCCAACGACGAAAGUCCCGUACAAAUUCUGGUUCCUCGGAACAGCCACUUCAGAAAUGUGCUUGGUGUUAUUGGCUCCGUGCAUCUGCCUGGGCUGACAAGAAUGCUCACAGUCAACACUGCGACGUCUAUGAGAUCUGCCGAAGCAAGAGCCUCAAUCCGCGAUGCAUUCAACAACCUGCGCAGGGAAACUAACGAGUUGAGAGCAGCAUACAAAAGUCUUCUACUCGACACCGUCCCCAUUGAGAUUGAUCGAAUCCCCAGACGUGAAGUUCCUCGACUUCACCCAGCUCAUCCAGUAACUCGUGCUCUCAUGUUCAGAGAGCUGAUAGACAUUGAAGAGCAAUAUCGUCGUAUCCUAAAGAUGUUUGAUGCUGGGGGUCUCCGGAGCUACUUGAACCUUGCUUUGCGGCAUGCGUUGAAUCGAUUUUUGCGGCUCAUGCGCAACCUGCGUCGCAUGUUCCUUGAAUAUGACCAGAAUAUGCGACAACAAGAUGCGGGGGCGAAAAGGGCAACGCCGACAACACAAGGCAGUGAGACUGACAGUGAAUCAUUCCUUUCUGACGAAGAGCAAGAACGGGUCGACAAUUACAAUCCUCGGCAACGGCCACCGCUUCCGAGCAGAGAUGAUUAUGCCGCCAUGUUCCGGGACGAACUGAUGCGAGAAAUUACCAUACAGCGCCAAAUCCCGCUGGAGACAGUUCGUGCUAGCACCAGAGACCAGUUGAUAGACAAGCUCGUGGAAUUGGAUCGUCAAGGCAAUUUAGGCGCCGGAGCGCAAUAUGGGUACCGACGCCUGAACAAUGACGCUGCUGCUAGAGGUCGACCCAGAGGCUGGAAUCUAGAAGACGCCAUCAACGCUUACAACACACAACACCGUGACACGAGGGUUACCGAGAGAAGCAACAAGAGGCAAGCUAGGGUGAGGAAGAGGAGGCUUCAGGGCCUUUCGCUGACAAAGUACUGGACUGGCCACGCACCCACGGACCAGGAGCCUUUCAGUAAUAACGUGAGAGGCGUGUCUGACGAGGAGGAGUUUGAGAGCUCGGAGGACGAUUCCACUUCUACAGAGGAGCGGACGUAG